UGUAUGACGCAUACCUCGUCCAAUCAAUGACAGUAACACAAUCAUGUGACUCCACCUGUUUUAGUUAGAAGACGUGUUGUGUUGAAGAAUGAAUUGCAGCUGGAAUAGCACUGAAAGAUGGCAGUUACCAGAAUGAUGAAAACAAAACAGAAAUUGUUUGCGGUGCUAUUAACCUAUGCAUCACUUUUGACAUCAGCUGCAAGUCAGGACCCAGUCCUUGCAAAUAUCCAAUCUCCUGACUCAGUUGGAAACUCUAUUGAUGACCAGGGCAAUAUAACAUGGGCUGACAUUCCACAAGGAGACCCAUACAAGGCUAAUGCUGAAUACAGUGAUGGAGGAAUGGGGCCCCUGUUUGACUUCGCUCGGAGUUUUGUCAAUACGUGUCUGCAAAAGGGAUUUCCUUACGACCUGAUUGAAAAGGUGAUGAAUGGACAUUUUGAUAUGUCAGAAGUACAAGGGGUGGCACUGGACUAUUUAGGCUAUGGGGCAGCCAUUGUAGUUGGAUUGCUGUUUAUAUUCAUCUUCCCCAUAAUUGGUUGCUGCUUCUGCUGUUGUCGCUGCUGUGGCAACUGUGGAGGAAAACGGAUCCAGAAAGAUAACCCAAGUGCUUCGUGUAAAAGGAAGAUUUUUGGCGUUAUUCUUCUGUUGCUGGUGGUAAUGACAAGUGCUGGUAUGGUGUGUGUAUUUGUUUCCAACGAUCGCAUGACAACAGCACUGAGCAAGUUUGGUGAUACAGCUGUAGACAACAUUGAUGACAUUACCACAUUCCUUGACAACACAAUUGAGCAAGUAAAGCAUGUUGCGGGAGACAACUUCAACUUCACAAAAAAGGCAAUCUUCCGUGACUUAGACAGUUUGGGAUACCUUGUGGGUAUACCAGUGCGAGAAUCAAUUGGUAUCUCUGGAGGUGUCAGUGCAGCUUUCAGUAGCGCCCUAGCUCUUCAAGGAGAUCUGGACAGUGCCAUUGCUGACUUGAACACAGUUUUUAACCAAAUCCAGUAUUUGAAUGGCAGUGCAACACAACUAAAGAGUGAUCUUGAGGCAGUGAAAAAUCAAAUAGAUACAGCCUGUAAUGGUUCCCGCUGUACUGGUGCUCCAGAUACAUCUGGCCUAAGCUUGGGUUUUGAUGAGAAUCAGCUUCCAGACCUACAGACUGACAAAUCUCAGCUAGAUUCACUCAAGACACAGAAUCUGACAAAGACAAUACUAGAGGCAAAAGGUGAAUUUGAUUCUGUUCCUGAGCGUGUACAAAAUGAAACUGCCACUACAGUUGAAAAUCUAAAAUCACAGGUUGACUCGUAUUCCAAAUCCGUGGAUCCCAUGAUAAACAUGACCACUGACUUGAAAUCACAGGCACUUGGUUCCUUUGAUUUGAAUUCGAUGCAGUCACAGAUUGAGAGCUUCACCAAGGACGUUACGGUUUAUGACAGAUACAGGUGGUAUGCAGGGAUUGGCCUGACUUCACUCAUAAUCCUUAUAGUGUUACUUUUGUUCCUUGGUCUCACUUGUGGUGUAUGUGGCAGCAGUGCAUCCGACCUUCCCACAGAACGAGGUUGUCUCUCUAAUUGUGGAGGAAAUCUGCUGAUGGGGGCUGUGUGCUUAAUCUUUAUGUUUUCCUGGCUGUUGAUGCUGCUGACAACCCUCACCUUCAUAAUUGGAGCACCACUAGAGCGAUUUGUGUGUCAACCUCUUUCUGAUCCUGAGUUGACCAUCUUCACCAAGUUGUUUGAUGAGAUGCACCUUCUCGGAGGAAGUGGCAAUGACUCUUUCCUUGGACAGAUGCUAUUUCAAGAUCCUUCAAUUGAUCUUACAGUUGCAAGUAUUUUGAAAGACUGCAAAUCAGGUAAAGCGGCUUACACAGCCUUCAAACUGGAAAACUUCAAAGACUUUAAUAUCACAGCUCUGGUUGACUACAAGAGUAGCUUGGACAUAGAUGGACAGCUGAAUGGAAUAAAUGUGGAUCUAUCCAGUCUCACUGUACUCACACCAGAAGUGCACUCACAACUUGAUGAUUUCUCCUCUACGGUCGCUGGAAUACAAUCUUCCAAUUUUGAUAUGCUGAACAAUGAUACAGUUGGAACAAACUUGACUAUUCUGGCUGAAGAGUUAAGGAAUACCAGUUUGCCAGGUUUGAUGAGUGCUGCAGACACUCUCGACAGUAUUGCAAAUGGCUCCUACUCUGACACCAAUAAUGCAAAGAAUAACCUGGUUGGAUCCAGUAACAGUCUACAGAGUUCUGUCAGCAAUAUUGAAUCAAACAUCGGUGCAGUUGUAGACAGCUUGAACAAUACCCAGGAGUAUCUACGGAACAAUGGUUCAGAGGCAGUCAAAACAGAAGCAAGGAAUUUUGCUCAUCGGUUAACAGCUAUAGUCGAUUCCUUUGUUGGAGAUGCACUUUAUGGGUUGGAGAAUGAGAUUGGAAGAUGCACUCCUAUCUACAACAUCUAUACUUCGAUGUUGGUUAAUGGAUUUUGUCGGUACACACUGGAUGCUUUGAAUGGAUUCUGGUUCUCCAUUGGUUGGUGUAUCUUUUUCUUUUUGCCAAGCGUAAUCUUUGCUGUGAAGUUAGCGAAGUACUACCGAAAGAUGGAAAUGAUUGACAGCUUUGAUAAUCCUUUACCGUACAAAAAAAGAAACAGUGUUGCUGACUUAAAUGGACCAAUAUUUGGCAAGAACAAAGUUGGUCAUGCUGACAGAUGGUAGGAUAACCAAAAGACUGUCGCUCAACAUUUGCAAGAUUGCCGAAGACUACAGUAUAUACCGUCCAAGAAAUAUUGUCAUGUUUGUGUCAAAUCAUAUGCUAUUUUAAAUUAGAAACUGAAUAAUAAGUAGUGAUUUACAUCAUAAAUUAUUUUUUACCGUUUGAAAUAAGGCAAUAUUACUGUAAUUCUGCUUUCUGCCUGAAAAAUCUUGAAUGAACACAAUUGUCAGAAAUCAUAUAUAUCUUUUAGUCAUCAUGUUAUAUAAUGUUCAGAUUUUUAAUAAAAGUCUUCUUCACUGUCCAUACCUAUUUACAAGUAAUAGUAUCUUGCAACCCACACCUCAUCAGCAUGCUUGAGGGGGGAAAAUCUUCCUUCUUUCCUGUCUGUGCUUGUGUCCUGAACUUUUUUUAUGUGUUGUCAUAGCACAUAAGUUUGGUUGUUGUCACUCUGUGAUUGCAGCUUACAAGUAACAUAUUCUGCAAAGACUCUAUAGUUAUUAUCCUUCAAUACACCUGAAGAGGAUAAUCGUUUCUUUACCUUAGGUGCAAACAUGUUGUUGGCCUAGAUUACAUGCUCUUCAUCCACUUGUCAGAAGUGGUCACUUUAAAAUGACAGACAACCAUCACUAGUCCAGUGAAUUUGCUGAUCCAAAUAUGACAGCCAUCAGAAAGAAACAGAGAUCACCUUACAGAGUCUACAUAAUGGUCUGUACGCUUGCAGGUAUUCUAUUUGAAAAUAUUGAAGUGGGACACAACUUUCCUGGACUUGUUUGACAUGUAUACAUCAUUGCAGUUCCGGGGUUCUCUCCCUGGUCUCACCUAGACAGAUUUAUUGUUGAAAUGGGGAAUAGGGAUAAGUCUUGUGACUAAUAACCUAGCGCCUCACUUCCAGGUUGGGUUAUCUGGGGUAAUAAUAGUCAGAUUGUUAGCGCUAUGAGCAUCCACCUAGUGAAUGGAGUUUAGCGCAUUAUAAAGUAAAUUAAGGUCUUCUGUGCCUAUUUAAAACAGAUGGAACAAGUUCUGGCAAUGGCAAAGAGGAUGAGGAGUGGAGAUGGGAACUGUAACCAUUCCUAUGGGGCUGCUUUCCAGUUCCAUUUCAGCCAGUUCUGUCACCAUCAAAAUACAGGUCUGCUGUACCCUCUGGUCUCCAAAACAAUGGACUGACUAUGAAUCAUUCCAUCCUCAACAAACUCCUAAUAAUUCUUCUCUUUUUGGGAAUUGCAAAACUCCACCGACAUUCCCAAUAUUGAACCUGUCUGUCAUUUUGUCUGCUCUGUCAAGGGAACUCUAUGAACCUUUGUCAUAGACAACAUGGUUAAAAAAGAUCAUGAAGCAGCUUUCUUUUAGCCAUGGCCACAGCAGCUGCAGUCUCACAGGUCCAUUCUCUUGACUUCUCAGGCAUCAUGCAUCCAGAAAAUCAGAGUAAUAUAUCUAUCAAAACCCUAUCAGAGUCCUUAGGCAAGAACCAGUUUACAGGUCCUGGAUAGUUAGGACAUAACAUACCCACACUCAACAUGGCAUGGAGUUGUAAGAGUGGCAGGCAUGUCCUUUUCAUGCUCUUUAAUUUUAUUUUAGAAUGGGAGGAAAAAAUAUCUUUUAUCAUCUCAUCUGAGACCUCGGAUAAAAACAUUACUGAAGCCACAUUUUUAGUCAUUCAUACAAGCAGAUUUACAAUAGCUUUACAGCCCUGUCCUACAGUGGUGUAUUGUGUCAUGGUAACUUCAACCUAAAGAACUACCGGUAUUUUUGUCUACAAGGUGUAGGAGGGGUCAUAGGUUAUUGCCUGGUAUCAUGCUCAGAAGUCCGGGGAAUAAAGUCAAAGGCCACUGUCAUGUCAUCGAUGGUUAUACUUUGAUGGAUCACAAGUGAGGAUUUGGACCAAAAUAUAUGAUGGUACUUCGAUCAGUUGUUUUAGGAACCAUUAGGCUUGCUUAAAGAGGAAACAAUUCAUGGAAUGGAGGUUAAAUUUUCUCCUCUCUAAAUUCUGAGGUAUAACUGGAUGUCACUAUUACUAUUCUGUCUGAUUCAAUUAAAAUGUUAUUCAUAAGAAUUAUCAAACAGUUGAUAUCAAUGCUAAUAAUUCAAACAAUUCUAACUACUAGUAAAUUACAUCACCCACUUUCCUAUUUCAUGCAUCCAGACAUCAGAGUUUGGAAAGCAGUGAGGUUUUCCUGGCCAACUUUUAGAUAGAGGUUAAGGGAGGGAGAUGCUGUUAGUAGCCUCAACUUAGAAUAGUUGACAGCGAAGGGGACUGCUCUUAAUAGUGUGAUGACAGCUGAAGUAUAAGAUUCCUGGCUAUUCUGUAUGAAAGGUACUGGUAGUAAUCUUUGAAUUAUUAUCAUUGAUAAACUGUUUGAUGUUUCUUGCCUUACACUUUGAGUCCCAUGCAGGAUUUUGAUUCAUAUUUUCCUAAGAAAAUGUAAAGCCACAUAUAUCAUAAUUUGCAAUGGGUUGUUUUUGUUGUCUGUUAUUAUCAUUAUUAUUGAUUUAGUUGUUUGUGCAUUUUGCUAUCUUCAUUCUGUGUUAUUUCAUAAAAAAUAGUGAUAUUUGUAUCAGACUUUCAGUGUACGUUUUGAGAAGACCAAAAGGAUAUCAUGUUGUUCAUAAACUGCCUUGACUAAGUAAGUUUUAGAAUUUGUCUUGAGUCCUUGUUCCAUGUCUGUCCAUUUGUUAGCAAAAGCCUGAAAACCUUUAAAACUGUUGAACAUAUUAUGUCAUUGUCACAAAAACAGUUUGACAUGUCACCGACUACAACAGAGUUAUAUGAUGUUCAUAUCCUGGGUCACAUUAUAUCUUUUUCUGUUACUGGCUUGUUUACCUGUCCCUUGCUUUGGUGAAAGACAAUUUGCAUGGUACAUAAACUUAAUAUGAAAUUGGAAGUUAAUUUUCUGUCUUACUUUUUACAUUGGCGUUAAACAAUUAUUCACAAAAUUGUGUCUGUGUGUUGUUUGGAUUAUGGAUAAGAGAAACAAUAUGGGAAAGCUGGCUCACUGUGGCUCAACCAAUUAAUGACAUGGACCUGAUUCUGGGAACUAAGUGAUUAUUUGCAUAUUUUGAGAUUGUUGUCCACAUCUAAUGUUUGGUGUUCAUAGCUUAGUUGCAAUAAUAUAUACAUUAAAAUGUUAAGCUGGAAAUUAUGCCUUUUCACAAUUGUAUAGUGAAUCCGUCCACAAGUGCCCUGGUUAUACAGUGUGUAUGAAUUCAAGAGUGUCAUGUCUAAAAGUUUGUUUCAGUGAAUAAACCAUUAAUUUUAAA